AUGAUAAAAAAGAAGAACGAAAUUUUAGAGAACGCGUUUAGAAAAUUGGAAGAGAAGCUCACUGCAACUCAAGAUAAGCAAUUUACAUCUUUCCUGCCAAGUUGUGGAGACAUAGAAGGCGAUUCAGAAGGAGGAGAAAGAAAGAGUACCCAUAAAGGGAGUAACAAACGUAAUGAAGGUACGAAAGAAGCGACGAGGGGAAACAAAGGACUUGAAAGUUGCAAAGAUUUAGCGAAUGACAAAAUUGAAGCAGCUGCAUCUUUCCAGCCCACUGAUGGUGAUAAAUCGAAAUGCACAAAUGGGGGAGACCUUACAAAAUGUGGUUCGAAAAUAUGGUGUAGCAAAAAAUGUGCUAAUGUGCCAAAGUUCCAUUCUGGUCUUUCGCUGACUUUACCCAACGGGGGUGAGGACUUACGAGAAAUGAUCGAUAGAAGAGGCGUUCCUAAAAAUGGCAAAGUUGAUAGGAAAAAAAAGGAAGGAAGAAAGGUAAACGUAAAUAAAAACCAUGACCGCUUAGGAAGAGAUGCUCUUCCCUGCGAUGAGAGGAGGAGCCAUGUGAGCCUUCAAAUUGGUGGCGCUAGCAGAUUAGGUCAUUCGAGUCUAAAUGAAGAGGGAAAAAAGGGGAACCUUCCACAAGACGAACCAGAAGUAGACACCAGCGAAACAAACACGUCCUUAAGUAGCGAUCUUAAGGACUCCAAAAUGAGUAGGAAGCGUAUUUGUAAAGGUUCAACAAUUCUCUCGCCCAUAAAGCGGUUCGGUAGAAAUCAAAAGAGUGGUGAAAAAAUAGCGCACGAAAGAGCAACGUCCGAUUCGAGUAAUGGGAUAGAAAAAAGGAGAAUGUUUAGAGAGCACUCGAGGAGGAAGACAGUGUACAAGGGGGAACCCAAGAAAAAGCGAUUAAGGAAAAAUAAAUCAAAACUGAAGAAACGUUCUAUGGAUUCUUUCGAAACGGGGAAAGGACACAACUUCACCCGUGAAAGGAAAAAAGGGGAUCGUGAAAAAUGGGAAAAUAAAUUGAACAGUGGCAGAUUCGAGGGAGACUCUUUAGAAGGGGAGAUUCUGGAGGGGAAGAAAAAAAAGGGCAAAUUGCCGCCACCCAAAGGGAGUGAGCAGUUUGUAUGUUAUGUGGACAGUCGAGGAAACAAAACGGAGGCACGGAAAUGUCAAGGGUGUGAGGUAAGCUCUGUGGAGUCCUCAAAAAGUGACACGCACGAAAGUGGUAGCAGUGCUGAUUUGGGGUCAAAUUGGGAGGGGUAUCGCGGGCAUGGUAGCAGAAGGAACGACGGAAAGGUACAAGAAGGGAGACCUUUGCGGAUGUUCAAGCUGUCCAAGAAAGGCUUUCAUUUUUGCGAAGUCGAAGGAGAUGUAGAGAAACUUGAAAUGUGCGGAAAGCACCGUUCCGGUGAAAAAGUAGAGUAUGACCAAAAAGGAGAAUAUUUUUUUAGCGACAAGUGCAGGGAGAUGCAUGCAAAUAUGGCAGACGCGAAUUUGAAAAAUGGUGUCAGUCCAGAUGUGACGUCUAAAAGGGUUCUUGGGGGGGAACAGGAUCACCAGAACGCCAGAAAAGGAGAAGGCUCCAGUGAGGGCUAUUCCUAUGUAUCCCUAGAAGAAGGUUCUAAAAAUGGAGCGCAUAACGUCUACUUUGGAAAGAGCAGGUACACCAGUUUAAGGGGGAAAUGUAUUCCACUGAGCGGUGUAGGUGACAUCGGGGAGGCGCACAGUGAAGCAGAUUUGUCCAAUUCGGGGGGAUCUGCCCGCGUUGACUACUUCAGCGGGGGCGAGCACCGUCAUGGUAGUGAUGACGACAAAUACCGCUUUCCAUUUUGCGACGAAAUGUAUGAAGGUGGAAAAUUGGCAGGAGAGGUCGACCCCCCCCGAGGGGACUCCAUCCCGGAAAACGGCAACCGUAGCAGAAGUGGCAGCAGAAGCGGUAGCAGACGCGGCCAGGAUGACCUCUAUUUAGCCUUUCAAGAACCAACGUCCAGGGGGGAGAAGGCGCUCCCAGAUGAGUUACUACAGAGCGAGCAGCCUCCUAUCAAUGCCGAGAGCGAACAUAGCGACGACGCACUUUUGAGAAGACGCGAAUACGUUCAGGGGCAGAUUUGCAGAAUAUUGAAAAAGGAAAACUGGGACGGUGAAGCCGAAAGUAUGUUAAACCUUUUCUUCAGGUACGUGAGGGUAGAGGGGAGAUGCGUGAAGAAUGGCCACACAUUAAUUAGGAAGAACCUGAAAAGGGAUGAAAAGGGAAUUCGAAAGGGGGGAAGAGGGAAAAGGGGAAACACAACGGGGGAAUGGAAACAGGAGCAACAGAAGGAAGACUUGGGGAGGGGGGAAAACGGGGGUAUGGACAAACUGGAAAGGGUCUAUUUGGAUGAUGCCCCAAGGAGCCUGCCGCUGACCAUGCUGGUAGUGAGAAACUACGAGGAGGGGGGGAAUCAUCAUAAGCAGGAGCAGCAUCAUCAGCAGCGGGAGGAGAGGAACUUUCGGGGGGCGCGCAAAAAGUUGACAGGUGUGAAAAAUCCCAUGGGGAUAAAGAAAGCAGUCGAGAAGGAAAAAAAACUAUUUUCAAGGAUAGAAAGGAUAUAUGAUUAUUGCGCUUCAGAUGGAGAGGCGAGUGGAGAACGGUAUGGCAAUAACCUGGUGGACAGAUUCAUCCCUUUUCCCAACAUGGGGUGGAGUUUCUCCAAGCAAGAUUAUCAACAUGAGGUGGUAGGUGUUCACUCCGAGUGGGCUCAGGAAAGGAAGCGCGUCUUUUUCGCUGAAGAGCGGGAGAAGCUCAUUAAUGAGGACAGCAACCACAAGGGAGGAAAAGGCCUCAUGUUGGAAGAUGCCCUUUUAAGGGUUCCCACAAAGGGUGGAACUAACAAUGCUAAUAAGUUUGGAAAGAGUUCCCCUUUCGCCAAAUGGAAUGUCAAUGUGUGUAGCAGAUGGAUGAAGCAGCCUGGCGGAAAAAACCCUCUUGUGAAAAAAGGUCCCAAGGGUGUAGCUACCCAUUUUGAUAGAAAGGGCCCUCUGAAAUGUUCCCUUAAGAGAGGUGCACCCGUUGUAGGUGGAAGGCCCGAAGGAAGCGCAAUCCGAAUUGGCACGCCUAAAAAAUUCACUUUACCAAGAAAAUCUGCAUUGGAGGGGAGUUAUCCAAAGAGUAAAGAAGCUAAAUGGGGAGGGGGGCACCAUGUGACUAACUUUAAAGAGUACCUUACGGAGGUGAGGAAUCCACGCGGAGGUAACAAAACAGAGGGGCCUUUUCCAAAGGAUGGUCAAAAAAGGGAGGACUCAAGAGACAUCCAAUUGAGUUCCCCUUUACGCAGCUCUAUCGUAAAGAUCGUAGAUGAUAAGAAAGGCGAGCAGGUUACUAUAAAAAGUUUUUCUCUACCAAGGGGGGUAGAAGCAGAAGCGGUUAAGCGAGAAAAUUGGAACCGUCCAGAGGGUGAACUGGGUUCCUGUAGGCAGUUAGACAGAAGUUCUUCAGGGCAUGUCUUUAAAGGGGGAGGAGGUAAGAGAGACGAAGACUUCGCCCUUGUGAGUGGCCCCCCGAGGGAUCAGUUGGACCCUCUGGUUAGUGCGCAUAAUGGUUCCCAAAAGGGAGAGCAUAACGUGGAGGAGGGAAAAGGGAGAGUAGAAAUUUAUCACAGUAAAAAUUUUAGGGGGAAAAAAGAACACAAGGAAGGAGAAAACAAAAAAGGAGCCUCUAACACGUUUGAAGAUUCAUAUGCGAGGAAGAGCAAUCGGGAUGGUGACCACCCCUGUGGGAGCUUUAAGACGGAUAGGCAAAGCUGCAAAGCGGUUGAGAAUGGUGCCCAAAGUCUGGAUGAAGGAGGCUCAUCGGGGGAACCUCCUCGAAGGGAAGAAGAACCGACCGCUAAUCAAACGGAGGAAGGCACUAAAACGUCGCAUGUAGAGGUAAGAAGGGGAAAGGGAGAAAAGAGAAGCUACGACAGUGGGAGAAGUGAGCGGAUGAUUGACAAGUCCCACCCGAGUGUGAUAGAACGAUUUUACCAGCUUUCCAAGGGUAGCAAGGUGGGAAAGGAGUGGGAAAAGGAAAACGGCUUAGAACAAGAAGUGGAUGCGCUUAACACCGAAGGAUCGCCUCGAAAAUUACCUUGCUCCUCUGAGGCAGCAUCUCCAAGGAAAAACAAUCUUAGACGCAUGGGCGCUCUCACAGGGGGGAGCAGCACAUCACACUUGGUGAGCAGACCUGGGAAGGAAAAGCAGCAAAAUUGUAACUUGGGCCCAUCAGCAGAAAAAAAAAUUGCCAAGGGAAAGGACCAAAAGGACAACACUGCAAAGGGGUUUAGCAAGAAGAGCGAAUUUUACGAUUUUACCAAUUUUGGGAAAAAUGUGGAGGAAAUUGUUUCCCCCCUAGUGGUGGCAGAAGAGGGGGAUCCUUUAAAGCCUCAUGAAGGGAGGAGUCCCCCAAAUGGGAGGAAUAAAAACGAAAUAAGGUUGAGUGCCCCACACGCGACGAGCCAUAUGUCUAAUGCUCCUAGGAAGGAAGGCACUCACGAGGGGAAUAACCCCAAGCGGACAACGAACCUGGUGGGACGCCGAAAAAGCUGUCGUAUCGAUCGAAGGGGAAAAUCAUCUCCCCGCGCAAUGGGCUCGUUCCCACACAAAAUGACGCAGCGCGAAAUGGACAAGCCAGUUUUAAAAAAUGAAAAAGGGAAGGCAAGAAAUUCGAACUAUGUCGAUUUAAGGCAUAUUGAAUGCUCCAAGAGUACCCUCGAAUUUUUUCUUGAAAAAAAAUACCUCAAAAGGGAUAGCCCCGGUGAAGGAAUGGAUGGUGCUGAAGAGCAGAAGAAGAAAAAAAAAAAAAAAACAAAAAAAAAAAAAAAAGACCUUUCACUUGUUUGCAACCUAAGCGAGGGGCGGCGCGACUUGUCCAAACAGUUUGCUAUGAGUAGACGAGGAAAUGUAAAAGAAAUGCCAAACGGGAAGAAUGCAACUCUGGAGGAAGUGCCAGGAACAGAUCAGUUCUCAAAUCUGAGUUGCACUGGGGGCGGCAGAGGGGCGCCCCCCGUCCGUUGGCCGCGAAAAUUGGUUAUUGAGGGGGGGAAAAAAAAAAAAGAAGAAAAGGGGGGUUGUCCACCGCCACCGGCGUCACCAUUAGAAGGAGCAUCUUUAGGGGCAACACACGCGGGAACAUCAACUCGAGGUGCAGAAAAAGGGGAGGCCCUAAUUUUUGCGCAAAUCAAGGCAGCACACACACCGUGCACACUUCGUUUAAACGACGAAACAAAAGCGGCCCCUUUUGCUGAUCCCUUCGCGACACACGGAAAGGACGAAGCGAAACUUAAAAGACCAAGUCACGUCCACUCGAGCAAAAGCAGCCUCAGUUAUAGGCUGACAAACGCCGUUCGAGUUAAACGAAAUAUUUACUUAAGUGACAGCGACGUGGAGCCUUCGCUGAGAAUGGAUUCGAGGGGGCGAGAAGACGCGGGAGUGAGUUUUACGGGAAAGGAGGAGGAGACGCAGACAGGAACGGGGGUGGAAGAGCGGGAAGAAACGGAGGUGGAAGAGCGGGCAGAAUCGGGGGUGGGUGAACAGAUCGGUCAAACAGGGGACCACAACGGUGUUGCCCAGGAAAGUGCUGCCAAUAAAAGUGCUUCCCGCAAAAGUUCUGCGCAUAAAAGUGAUCAACGGACGGCCCCACACAAGGACAACCGGGAAGAUGCAGGCAAAGCCGCGACGACCCUCCGCAAAGCUCCCGGGAAGAAGGCCAAACCGACAGACCAUUUCUUAACCAUAAAAGUAAACAUCAUCACGGUGUUCCUGCAAAGCUCGUAUGUCAAAAGAAUGAACAUGAACGUAAGUUACAACAUACAGGUGGCCAUUUACUCGUCCAGUGAUAGGAAGACCAUCGAAAAGAAUUGCAGGAAGGAGACCUUCCCCUGCUACUUCUCGUCGCACACGAGCGGCAUAGGCUUAAGCUCUGACGCGUUCAAGAAGAUCGACGCAUUGUGCGAAAGCGAGGCGAGGCAGUUCUUCAAACUGGUUGUGUCUUGUCGUCGGGAGAGGUCCUUCCUCAAAAAGGAGCUCAUACGAAUUUACAGCAGGACGCGGGCACAUGUGGGGCAUUCGCCAUUGGUGUCUUUGCGAGCGAAGUCGUAUACAUCCCAUAGAACUGAAAACCUACUCCCUGAGCAGGAACAAGAAGUACGCCUCCGAAACGGGGGGCUCAAACGACGACCUGUACGAGAUGAAUGGUAA